GCGGGGCGGGCGGGGCGGGGUUUGUCAGUCCGAUCUCGCGAGAGAGGACGGAAGCCUGUGGGAGCCCGUGGCCUUUAAAGUGCCGUUCAGCCUUUUCCUCCAGGGGUGGUUUGUAAACACGGCUGUGCCGGGGCUCGUGGGUGACCGAAAAGAUCAUGAACUAGUGACCUGGAAAGGAUACUAGAUGGAGACUUGAGAAAGGACUGCUUACUUGGUAAGAGCUAAGAUAUUCCUGGAAGCAGAGUAAAUAAAGCUCAUGGCCCACCAGCUAGAAAGUAUUCUUGCCAUGAGAAGAAGAAUGUGAUAAGUUAUUCAACUUAUGAAAUUCAAGUUACAUGUGAAUUCUGCCAGGCAAUACAAGGACCUGUGGAAUAUGAGUGAUGACAAACCCUUUCUAUGCACUGCGCCUGGAUGUGGCCAGCGUUUUACCAACGAGGAUCAUUUGGCUGUCCAUAAACAUAAACAUGAGAUGACACUGAAAUUUGGUCCAGCACGUAAUGACAGUGUCAUUGUGGCUGAUCAGACCCCAACACCAACAAGAUUCUUGAAAAACUGUGAAGAAGUGGGUUUGUUUAAUGAGUUGGCGAGUCCAUUUGAGAAUGAAUUCAAGAAAGCUUCAGAAGACGACAUUAAAAAAAUGCCUCUAGAUUUAUCCCCUCUUGCAACACCUAUCAUAAGAAGCAAAAUUGAGGAGCCUUCUGUUGUAGAAACAACUCACCAGGAUAGUCCUUUACCUCACCCAGAGUCUACUACCAGUGAUGAGAAGGAAGUACCAUUGGCACAAACUGCACAGCCCACGUCAGCUAUUGUUCGUCCAGCAUCAUUACAGGUUCCCAAUGUGCUGCUUACAAGUUCUGACUCAAGUGUAAUUAUUCAGCAGGCAGUACCUUCACCAACCUCAAGUACUGUAAUCACCCAGGCACCAUCCUCUAACAGGCCAAUUGUCCCUGUACCAGGCCCAUUUCCUCUUCUGUUACAUCUUCCUAAUGGACAAACCAUGCCUGUUGCUAUUCCUGCAUCAAUUACAAGUUCUAAUGUGCAUGUUCCAGCUGCAGUCCCACUCGUUCGACCAGUCACCAUGGUGCCUAGUGUUCCAGGAAUCCCAGGUCCUUCCUCUCCCCAACCAGUACAGUCAGAAGCAAAAAUGAGAUUAAAAGCUGCUUUGACCCAGCAACAUCCUCCAGUUACCAACGGUGAUACUGUCAAAGGUCAUGGUAGCGGAUUGGUUAGGACUCAGUCAGAGGAAUCUCGACCACAGUCAUUACAACAGCCAGCCACAUCCACUACAGAAACUCCGGCUUCUCCAGCUCACACAACUCCACAGACCCAAAGUACAAGUGGUCGUCGGAGAAGAGCAGCUAACGAAGAUCCUGAUGAAAAAAGGAGAAAGUUUUUAGAGCGAAAUAGAGCAGCAGCUUCAAGAUGCCGACAAAAAAGGAAAGUCUGGGUUCAGUCUUUAGAGAAGAAAGCCGAAGACUUGAGUUCAUUAAAUGGUCAGCUGCAGAGUGAAGUCACCCUGCUGAGAAAUGAAGUGGCACAGCUGAAACAGCUUCUUCUGGCUCAUAAAGAUUGCCCUGUAACCGCCAUGCAGAAGAAAUCUGGCUAUCAUACUGCUGAUAAAGAUGAUAGUUCAGAAGACAUUUCAGUGCCGAGUAGUCCACAUACAGAAGCUAUACAGCAUAGUUCGGUCAGCACAUCCAAUGGAGUCAGUUCAACCUCCAAGGCAGAAGCUGUAGCCACUUCAGUCCUCACCCAGAUGGCGGACCAGAGUACAGAGCCUGCUCUUUCACAGAUCGUUAUGGCUCCUUCCUCCCAGUCACAGCCCUCAGGAAGUUGAUUAAAAACCUGCAGUACAACAGUUUUAGAUACUCAUUAGUGACUUCAAAGGGAAAUCAAGGAAAGACCAGUUUCCAUUUAUGCGAAAUCUGUGGUUGUAAAUUUUUUUUUUUUUUUACUUGAAAUUAAAUUUGGCUCUAAAGUUGGUGUAGCAGCAGUUGAUCAGACUGAAAAACAGUUUUUAGUCUCUGGAAAAAGACUGAUUUUGCUUUUUUUAUAAAUAUUAGAUUUAUUAAUUUUUCUGUGCUCAAUGUGUAAAUUGUAUUAUAAUUCAUUGUGAUUUAUUUCACUUAAUUUGCUGGUGUUUUAAUAAAUGGGGGUGUUACUGAAUCUUUCUUCCCACUUCCAUUUCUUUUGACCACCCCUUAACCCUCAACUGUGAUGGUAGUAGUAUUAUCAUUUAUACCAAAGUUUUGCAUAGUCCCUGUUGACUUUGUAAUGUUAAUGGAGUCAUAAAAGCACUAGGCAAGAGAAAGAUAGAAAUUUGCUUUUAAUCUUUUUGCCUUUUAUUUUGCACAUUAUGCAAAAGGAAAAACAUUAAAGAACACUUUUUUUUAAGUGAGUGAAAACAUGGUAAAGACACAGUGCUUUUAUGCACAUUGUUAAGCUAAAUCAAGGUCAUUUAUAAUCAUUUUCCUUUUUUAUUUAAGAUUUUAAGUAAACAAAUUUUAGAAUUUUCAGCAUUUCAAAAAUGAUUUUAUUUUUCAAGUCAAAUUCAAUAUUUUACACCUAUGUUUUGAGGCUAAAAAAUAUGAAAUUAUAUAAUGUAUGAUACAGGGUUAUCAAAUAUCUAAUAAUUUUUGAAAUUAGCUCUUGUUUUUGGUUUUUUUGUUGUUUUUACAGAUUUCAGGUUACAAACUGCAAAGUUUAUGCAUAAUUAAGUAUGGUAUGGUUGCCAGAAAAGCCUAAAAUUACUACUUAGAAAAUUUAAGACUGUUUACCCCCAUUGUCUUGUACUUGCGAGCUAACUUGUACUUAUUCUUGUGAAAGCACUGUCAUCUUUUAGUAGCAAAUUUUGAUAAUGUUUCUCGUGGAAAAAAAAAUCAGUAUCUAUCUUUAGAACAAUGUAAUUAUAAUGUGGGAAGUGUGCAUGAAUGAGAGAGAGAGAGAGAGAGAGUGUGUGUGUGUGUGUGUGUGCGCGCGCGCGUGUGUGUCUUUCAAUAGUUUAUGCCAGCAAUCUUUGCUUGAAUGUUUAACGAUGCCUUCAGUAUGAUGCUGGCCAAUAGAUGAUUGCAGUUUAAAAUGUCAUUAUUGUGCAGGCUUGGAUAACUAACAUUCCAUGAUGUAGCUUGUUUCUGAUGAGAUGGUUGUAGGUACAUUUUUCUCAUUAUCCAAUCAUCUGUGGGAUACUUAGUUUUCUAAUGUGCCAUUAUCUAUUUUUAUUCUGCAGUUAUGUUCAAAAUACAGUACAUAUUUUAAAAUAGAAUAAAUUGUUAAACAUAAAAUUUUUAAAGUAGUAGAUGUGCGUAAGAAAACUUUGUAAAAUAGUUAUGAGUCCUACCCAGUAGCAACUUCUGGCAUUCAAGCAGGAUUCCACUAUGUAAAUAUCUGUAAUGCAUUUAUAAUAAGUUGUGUAGUUUGUCCUGCAUCCAUACUACACUGUUUGCUAAAGUCUCAGUGCCAUCUCCUAAUGAGACUGACAUUUUAAAAGUCUGUAUGGAAUAUCCUUGAUAAUUCAAGGAAAUAUCCCUCCUGCCUAAGUUCCAAACUGGGAAACAUUCAAAUUAUAUAAAUGACAUUUCAGGACUUUUAAGUAUGAAGAUAAUGGGAAUUUUAUUGUUUUGCUUUUUAAAAUGAGAACAUUUUUAUUUGAUAAUUCUUAAAUUUUUAAUUUUUAACUAAUUUCAUUAUUUUAAAGUGAUCCGUUUUUCAAAUCAUGAUUUUGAUAUCAUUAUUCUAAGGAGUUAUCUCAAAGGCACAAAAUAUGAAUUCUGCAAGAAGGCUAUUUUUUAUUGUAGUUUGAAUGGGUUAGGAAAAGCCUCAAUUUUUCACUCUAAGUCCUUCAGUACAUUUUUCUUUCAUCUUAUUACUUAUGCAAGUUAAGGUUCUUUGGUAACAGAAUUCUUGCAACUGUAAAAUAAAACUACAUAGAUGUAAGAAGUCAUGUAAACGGUUAACAAGCUUACCAAGGUUAGCAAAACUUUCAUUGUAAAUCAGUCUGUACUGAGCAAAUAAAAAUCAUUUAGUUGUAUAAACACAAAUUCCAUUUUGACUUUCAGGAUGUCAUACUACUUCUGUACCUAGCAUUUUCAGUCCUUAUAUUUGCAAUGUUACACAAACUGUACUAUUUUCUUUUAUGUGCAGUUUGCAUGAGUAAACCAUCAGAGAAUAAAUUCUAUCUUUAAAUUAUGUUCAUAA